GGGACAGACAAGCAGCUGCAGCCGCGAAAGCUGCUAUGCCAGAUCCGCCUCCAGCUCCGAUAGGGGAAGCAUCAGUCUCAGCUUCAUCCUCCGCCUCAAAGCCUGUCAAGAAGCCAAAGGCGGAGGAUGACGUCCAUCUUGUUCCCCUAGGUGCCCUGAUGCCCAGCCAGAGACCACAACCGUCGCCUACCAUGACACCUGGUCUGCCUGGUUCGGCUGCACCUCCAAUGUCGAUCCGUCCAGCUCCAGCCCCUACCGUUAUGGGCCCUAGACCGCCACCCAUGCCUGGCAUACGGCCGCCCGCUGCAGUCCAGCCACGUCCGCCCGGUCCUCCUGCUCCCGGUUCCGGCCCUCUUGGUCCGCCAACAACGGUUGUACGACCGCCGGGUGCCCCUGGUCAUGCACCGAUCCCGCAUCCGCAGCCGGUCAGACCACCUUCAGGGCAAUCUCUACCGCCGUCUGUACGCCCACCUUUGCCAUCCCAACCUGGGGGCCCGGUCUCUCCUCUUCCAGCGCCGGCAACGAAUUCGCCUGCAGUCCGUCCUCCUGCGAAUGGUCCUGUACCCUCCCUGGGUUCCCCGUUACACCAGCCGCACGAGUCGAGCCCAACACCAGGCCCGCAGUUGUCAAUGUCGGCUUCGGCGGCAGCUGCAUCCGCAGCACUCAACAAAGCUCCUCGCAUGGCGCCUGAACCGAUAUUGGGGAUCGAUGGCCAGCCUUUCAUAGGACCCGAACCGCUGAAGCCAGAUUUGACAUACGCUACCAUCAUCUACCGAGCUUUGGCUAAUAUUCAGGGAGGAAGAGGUACUUUGGGGCAGGUCUGCGACUGGGUGGCUGGUGAAUGGGAAUGGUUCAGGUUGAAUCCAGAGCAAAGCUGGCAGAACUCCAUCCGGCACAACCUGUCCCUGAACAAAGCAUUUCUGAAAGUUCCUAGAAUCGAAACGGACGACCCAGAGUCGAAAGGUUCGGUGUGGAUACUCGAUCCCGUCCAUGCCCCCGAGUACGCGGAAAAGGAGAGGAAGGCACAAGAGCUUAAGGAAGCGAAGGCAAAGCGGGAUGCGGAGAAAAGUGGUGUUCCAGAACGCCCGCCCCCUCCCCCUAUUCCGAACAAGCCUGUGGCGCUCGCUAAGCCAAAGAAACCGCUCACACCGGUCUCUGAGGCCCCUCCUCAGUCACUCGGUAGUCCUAAUGCUACGACCUCUGGCAGUAUCGUUCGACCAACGCCUGCAAUGGCAACUGGCCCUCGACCCGCUCCAGGCACUUCUGCGCCUACUGCUGCGCCAAGACCAGGUCCGAUUAUCGUAAACGGAAGUCCUAGACCUGCAAUGCCGGCAGGUACGUCGGUCAGGCCCGUUGCUCCUGGACGACCGCCUCAGGGUGUCUCGCGACCAACGAUGAACGGAACGGCACCUAGGCCUGGUAUGUCUACGGUUCGUCCAGGAGGCCCAACUGGAACGAACGCACGGCCGGGACCUGGACCUGUGAACGCUAGACCCAGCACGGUCCGACCUGUUGGGGGAGCUACUCCUGGCAUGGUACGUCCCGCAUCUACGGGUUUGCCUCCCGGUGCAAGACCGCCAGUCAGACCGCCGCCCACUGGCCAGGCAGGUCAGCUUGGGACACCCAGACCCCCUAUCAAUGGUCAAGCCCCUAGGCCAGGCCCUUCAGUGCGACCUGCCGGAACAGCUCAAAGUCCAGCUACACCGGCAGCACGGCCAGCGAAUCCAGGCGCUCGACCACCUCCGGCUGUGAGACCGCUUACUGCUCCUCGACCUGCCUUGGGGGCUCGACCGCCUGCCGUCAGACCGCCGCCAGGGAAUGUCAGACCUGGACCGACUAAUGCCGGUGCGAGACCGCCCACUGCGAGACCUGCCCCGGCAAUACCGCCCAAACCCGCAGCAAUUGGGAGCGUUAGACCACCCGCCACAAGCGCUACGGCGUCACCCGGCGCACUCGGCAAGCUUCCGACUGCCCCUGCCAAUCCAGGUGGAUCUUUGGGUUCGCUCAAUAUUCCAGCCAACAAGCAGUUCCCCAUCGUCGUCAAGCCUAUUCCAGCCCAUCUACGGAACAGCAACUUGAACACGCAUUCGCACAUUCUGGACGGUCCGCCUCUUGUGGUCGACGAAGGGACGAUCAUUCUGAAUCCCUCAAUCUUCUCGCACUUGACGCCAGAUCAAUUGAAACACCUGCAAUCGUUGGGUGCUCAACAGACACUCCAGAUCUUGCAAGCCUACAUUGUUCAGCAUUUGCGUGAAAAACUUCGGCAGCAAGGAGCCAAUGGAGCUAAGGCUUCGGCGGCGGGCACUGCUGCAAAGACGGGUUCUACUCCGGCUAAACCUGCCACUCCGGCGACGAACGCGGCUUCUGCCGGUACGACAUCCGCUCCUGCGUCUAAACCCCCUGCGCCUGCCCCGACUGUUCCCAAGCCCGCUACCAAGGCUACUUCGACGCCCGUCAAAGCUCCAGCCAAGCCAGCACCAGGAAAGACGCCUCUGCCUGCGAAUGUUGCCAACAAUCCGGCAAUUGCCGCUUUGUUGUCUUCGGCUCAGCAAUUGGCAGCCAAGUCAGGCUCGACUCCAGCUUCCAGGUCGGGCUCACCUGCCGCUCAGCCGCCGGCAGAAACAGUCAGGGUCAUCGCUCAGCUCGCUGCAACAGCCGGGAAUCCAAGCAGCGCGUCGACUCCCUUGACGCCGAAUGCAGUCGCCUUGCUGCAAUACCUGCGGCAAGUUGGAGCAGGAGCGAAUAUGACGACCGCUGCUCAUAUUCUGGCUACGGGAGUGAUCCCUACCGGGGCCAUACCUCCCAAGAGUACGGCCUCGGGCAACACUACUCCUCGGCCGGCACCUGCGAAACCGGUCGCGCCGCCACAGCCAUCGGUUGCACCCGCUACUACCAACACACCCGCAACUGUACCGAAACCUGGUCCUCCCGCGGUAACAUCGCCCGUACCGGCGGCUGCUUCGCCAUCAAGCAAUCCUGCGACCCCUCAUGCACUGCUCGCUGCGUUGAAUGGAGUCUCACGGCCUUCACCACCAACCAUAUCUCCUGUAGCGACUGCUUCACCAACCGUGUCACAAACGAACGGGACGGCUCCUAUCACGGCAACGAUUAGCGGAACGACCCCUCCUCCGCCGGGUCCCUCGGUAUUGGGCAAACGACCUCUGGAGGACAAUCCUUCUUCACCAGGCAAUGACCCGAAACGACAGAAGGUCCAAGAUGAUUCCGGAGAUCACCCAUAAUCUCUCUUCCCACACACAUUUUCGAUUUUCGCUACUCAAUUUUCGCAUUGUCUCGCAUGUUAAUCAAUUGUAUCGGUAGAUUCGAACGCAAGCCAUUCAGUCGGGCAGGAUUAGAAGCAGACUAUCCUCUCCACACGACUAUGCCAAGCCGUCCGGUUGUAUCACUAUUAUAAGUAACGCACAGUGCACCAUGAUCACCAUCAUAUUAGCAUUCAGAGUU